AUGUUAUCUUCAUUACAAGGUUGUAAUGGAUUUUUACAGCGUGCAAAUUCUGUGCAACUUCUUCAUCAGAGAAAUUGCAAUAUGGUUGAUGAAUAUGGAAAAUCAACAAGGAAAAAUAAAUCAAAAGAUGCAGCUUUAACACAUGCCAUGGCGGAACGUAAACGUAGAGAAAGAAUAAAUGCUCAUCUUCAUACUCUCAAGAAACUCUUUCCCCAUCUCCCUAAAAAGGACAAGUCAAGAGUGCUAACUGAAGCAGUCACUCAACUUAAGGAACUAAGGAAGAAGGUAGCCCAACAAAUGGAAACCCAAAAAGAUAGUGAAGGAAACUACAAUGGGUUGUCAUCUUUCUUUUUACCCGGUGAAAAUGAUGAAGUAUUACUAAAUUACCACGAAGAAAGUGACAGUGAUGAACGAACGGUCAAAGCUACGGUUUGUUGUGAGGACAGACCGGGGUUGAACCGAGACUUAUCAACGGCGGUACGAUUAGUUCAAGGGCGGAUGAUCAAGGCGGAGAUGGCGACGGUCGGAGGCCGGACUAAGGCGGAGAUGGUGGUGGUGUUGUGCAAGGUUGGUGGAGGAGAAAAAGACAUUGGACAACUUAAACGGGCUUUAAAGGCCGUUGUGGAAAAUAGGGCUUUGGGCUUGGGAAGUUCUCUGAAUUUGGGCCGUAGAUUGGGCGAUAAUAAAUGGGCUUGUUUUGGUUAA